AGUUGUUUCUUCCUGAACGCUGAGACUCUCUCCUUAGUUCAACGUCUAUUAGCUCUCUGACCGGCGAACCAUAGCCAUAUUUAAGCACUCCGAGAGCGUGAACUGUGUCACCUUCUCUAUGGAUGCCAGGCACAUUCCCGGUGGUGGUGAUGAUAAGAAGAUAUCAGAGUGGAAGGUAGAAGUACGCAGGGCACUUAUUGUUGCCGUGGAGAAAGCAGCUGGUUUCCCCAGUCUCCCCCAAGCACACGUGGAUGCUCUCAGAAUGAGAGACUUCCUUGUCAACUCUCGUGGCUACCCACCUGAAAACAUCACAAUUAUGAUGCAUCACAAGAAUAUUCUUCCAGAACUUUAUCCCAGUAGAGCGAAUAUACUGCGUGAGAUUGGCUCCAUGGUCCGACGUACAUCACCACAUGACUACUUAUUCUUCCACUACUUUGGAUAUGGAGACCAGGUUACUUGCAAGCACAACACCGAAAGCGAUGGUGAAGAUGAAGCUAUACUCACCUACACUGGCAAGCGCAUCAUAGAUAAUGUGUUGAAGGAACGCCUCGUUGAUCCAUUACCUCAAGGCGCCAAGCUUUUCGCAUUAUGGGAUUGUUGCCACUCUCACACCAUGUUGGAUUUGGAGCAUUAUAAGUGUAACGAGUUAUGGUCGGCGCCCUUCAAAGUCCUGUCAGGUUUGGGAAGAAAAACGAAAAGCUUCGGCGAAAGCCCUAGCGCCAGAUUUUUGAAGGACAGCUCCGAGGAUCAGUCUUCAAUAAACGAUGACUCUCAGGCAAGAUUUGGGUCGUUGACAACUGACAACAUUGGCCUUGGGCCCAGAGCAUCCUCCCCUGAUACUUACCUGCCUAAAUGCACUCUUGACUGUCCUCUGACACUCCCAGGGGAGUGGGUCAAGGCCCACGUCGUUUCGUUGUCCGCGUGCAGGGAUGAUGAGCUGGCAUGUGACGACAACGUCACAGGUGAAACUGUAACGAAGUUUUUCAUUGACUACCUCGAACGCAAUCCUAAGGCUUCGUAUUAUGAUCUACUCUCUUACAUACGGCACAAGGUUGACGGGAUAACUCGGAAGCUGAAUAGUGUCGAAAAAGAGAAUGAAGACAGCAACCUGAUUUCUCAACGGCCUUCGUAUUCGAGUCACUACCGCCUGGAUAUGUUGCAGAUGGUUGAUUUAUGAAGCAUACGCUGACGGGAAACCUCAUGUAGCUGAAGCUCAACAUUUACUUUAUCAACUGCUGAUAACUGGAGAUGACCUACUUUUGGGGAGACUAGCUUUUACUACUGGUAAAUUUAGACCCGUUCCUGUGUCUUGAGGACAAAUUGAAAGACGUGUAAAGCGAGCACUAAUAUUCCCU